GGCGGAGUGUGUGGAAGUGGAGCUGCACGUGGGAGACAAAGCGGUGGGUUUAAGCUGCCUCCUUAUUGCCGGAAGUUUCCUGCAGCCCCGCUGGGAGCCCAGAGCCAGAUGUUUUAUGUUUUGGGACUAAUCUCCUUUUUGUUACCGUCUGUACAAGGAUUAGAGGAAAUCUGCUAUGAAGAGGUCGGCUGUUUCCCAGUCGGGUUCCCGUGGGCUGGAACUAGAGAGAGGCCAGAGGGGGGACUCCCAUGGUCCCCAAAAAUGGUCAAUACUCGUUUUCUGCUCUUUACCAGGGACAAUGCAGAUCACUUCCAGGAGAUAAAUUCCUCUACAAUAUCGGACUCGUAUUUUCAAACGACCAGGAAAACCCGGUUUAUUAUACACGGAUUCAUUGACGUGGGAACCGAGGGCUGGGUACCGGACAUGUGUAACGCAAUGCUAAGUGUGGAGGACAUUAACUGUUUGAGCACAGACUGGAGCGACGGGUCACACACUGAUUAUGUUCAGGCCGCUAAUAACGUCCGUGUCGUCGGGGCAGAAGUGGCAGAUUUGGUUAAGACUCUCCGGGAUGAUUUGGGGUACUCUCCGUCCCUUGUGCAUGUAAUUGGGCACAGCCUAGGGGCGCACGCGGCUGGGGAGGCGGGGAAGAGGAUGCCCGGCAUUGGCCGAAUCACAGGAUUGGACCCCGCUCAGCCCUAUUUCCAGGAUACCCCAGAGGAGGUGAGAUUGGAUCCAUCAGAUGCCACAUUGGUUGAUGUCAUUCACACAGACUCCGCCCCAUUCAUUCCCAGUCUAGGGCUGGGAACGGGCCAGUUAAGUGGCCACCUGGACUUCUUUCCCAAUGGAGGAAUACAGAUGCCGGGGUGCAAACAGAAAGAGGAAUAUAACAUUUCUGACAUUUUUAUCGCUUUCCAAGGGAAACAUGACGAUCUGGUCUGUAAUCAUCUCCGGAGUUACAGGUACUACAUGGAGAGCAUCACUACUCCCAGCGGCUUCACCGGAUUCCCUGCAGCCUCAUACGAGUCCUUCUCAUCCGGAGCGGGGUUCCCGUGCCCGGCCAAUGAAUGCCCAGUAAUGGGGCACUAUGCGGAUCUAUAUAGCGGUGCCACGCCGAGCAGCCAGACCUAUUACUUGAAUACUGGAGAUUCGCCGCCCUUCGCUCGCUGGCGAUACAAGGUGACGGUCCAUAUCUCUGUCCCAGUGUCUGUCCUGGGAUCGGUCUGGCUGUCUUUGCUUGGGCUCAAUGGAAAAACCAAAAUGCAUGAUAUUUAUAGUGGACGGAUCCAACCCAAACAAACACACACGGCUUUCAUUGAUGCGGAGACCAAGGUGGGGCCCCUCGUAUCUGCGCAUUUCAUAUGGAGCAGCAGAAAUGAGGCACAGGCCAAGUCUGUAACAGUGGAGUUUGGGGGGGACGGAACCCGGUAUUACUCCUGUGGCUUCCGGGCAGCGAGUGUCGGACCCGGUCAGAUUGUCCCUCUGUGUAACCGGGCGGCGGGACCCAGAGACCAGUGAUACACGUGCCACGCCCAUUUACCCCCCCCAAGCUGGGACGCCCCAUUCUCUUUGUUGUUAUAACAUAUAUGUGUAAUAAUAAUAUAUUAAAUAAUGUCAUAAGUUA